GGCAUGCUGGUAAAAUGUGAUAUAGUGGUGCAAUGCUAUCCGUGCUAGGCGUGCGACUUUUAUCGAUCCAUUUAACCACUGCGUUUUUCUGUUUGGAGAUUUAACACCUCGUUGACUAGCAGUUUUGAGCAAAGCGUUUGACUCUCGCGGUGGAAGUCACCAGAAGCAUCCUACUGGUCAUUAAGAUCUUGUAACCAGUCAUUCUUUUUGUUGUAAAGAGGUUUGAUCAAUAACAUUGACCAUUAAGGCAAAAUAAAUACACUAGUACCUUCGCCUGAUUUACUGGCAGUGAAAGAACUUGGGAACUUCUUUUAAUUAGAUGUCUGCUUAUCAGCCGCUUAUCUGUAAUUGAUCGCAUCAUUCGCAUGGAUCCGCACCCGCUGUCUUUGCUUAGCCUGUGCUGACCCAGGUUCUACCCAAAAGGAUGGUGACUUCCACCAUCCUAGUUCUGGACUUCCGGUUGCAUUGGGUGGGGUACUUCGUCAUGAACCGUGUCCAACUUUGGGUCUCCGGUCGGCGUCUAGACUUCUGUAUGAAGUUUUGCAAUUACUUGGCACAGCACAGUGGUGCAGAGAGUAAUUUACUAUUUUCUCCAUUAUGCGCGGAAGUCGCGCUCUCUCUUGCUAGUUCUGGGGCGAGAGGUAUCACGCUGGAGGAAAUUAAUCACGUGCUGGAACUGCAAGAAGGAUCAGCACUGGAGAUCGUGCAUCAAAUUCUGAUCCAUCUGAAGCAGAACGAGGAAACUUUCAUACCUGAUGAUUAUGGGCCAGUUGUCCACUAUAAAUUGUUCCUCUCCUCUGGACUAUUUGUCGAACAGCAAUUUCCAAUUAAAGAAUGUUUCGCUGCCGACGCAGAGCGGCUAUGUGACGCAGUCUGCUCUAAUGUUCAGUUCGCCAAACAUCCUGACGAAGCUGCUCUGGCUAUAAAUGAAUUUGUUAAAGAGCAGACAUGUGGAACCAUCGAUAAUUUGGUGACAGCAACCGAGUUCUCAGAGUUUACCAGACUGGUAUCGGUCAAUGCUUUAUAUUUCAAGGCUAACUGGCACUGUCCGUUUUUGGAGGAAAACACUACGAGCAAGCCAUUCACUACGGCGCGUGGUUCAGACUAUGCAUACCAGCGCUGCUAUUAA